AUGGCUGUGGAGUCCCAGGGCAGACACCCACUUGUCCUGGGCCUGCUGCUGUGUGUGCUGGGCCCGGUGGUGUGCCAUGCUGGGAAGGUGCUGUUGAUCCCAGUGGAUGGCAGCCACUGGCUGGGCAUGCUUGGGGCCACCCAACAGCUGCAGCAGAGGGGACAUGAAAUAGUUGUCCUAGCACCUGAUGCCUCAUUGUACAUCAGAGAGGGAGCAUUUUACACCUUGAAGACGUACCCUGUGCCAUUCCAAAGGGAGGAUGUGAAAGAGUCUUUUGUUAGUCUUGGGCAUACUGUUUUUGAGAAUGAUUCUUUCCUGCGGCGUGUGAUCAAAACAUACAAGAAAAUAAAAAAGGACUCUGCUAUGCUUUUGUCUGGCUGUUCCCACUUACUGAACAACAAGGAGCUCAUGGCCUCCCUGGCGGAAAGCAACUUUGAUGUCAUGCUGACAGACCCUUUCAUUCCUUGUGGCCCCAUCGUGGCCCAGUACCUGUCUCUGCCCACUGUAUUCUUCUUGAAUGCAUUGCCAUGCAGCCUGGAAUUUGAGGCUACCCAGUGCCCCAACCCAUUCUCCUACGUGCCCAGGCCUCUGUCCGCUAAUUCAGAUCACAUGACCUUCCUGCAGCGGGUGAAGAACAUGCUCAUUGCCUAUUCACAGAACUUUCUGUGCGACGUGGUUUAUUCCCCAUAUGCAACCCUUGCCUCGGAAUUCCUGCAGAGAGAGGUGACUGUCCAGGACCUAUUGAGCUCUGCAUCUGUCUGGCUGCUUAGAAUUGACUUUGUGAAGGAUUACCCUAGGCCCAUCAUGCCCAAUAUGGCUUUCAUUGGUGGAAUCAACUGCCUUCACCAAAGCCCACUAUCCCAGGAAUUUGAAGCCUACAUUAAUGCUUCUGGAGAACAUGGAAUUGUGGUCUUCUCUUUGGGAUCAAUGGUCGCAGAAAUUCCAGAGGAGAAAGCUAUGGCAAUUGCUGAUGCUUUGGGCAAAAUCCCUCAGACGGUCCUGUGGCGGUACACCGGAACCCCACCAUCGAAUCUUGCGAACAAUACGAUACUUGUUAAGUGGCUACCCCAAAACGAUCUUCUUGGUCACCCAAUGACCCGUGCCUUUAUCACCCAUGCUGGUUCCCAUGGUAUUUAUGAAGGCAUAUGCAAUGGUGUUCCCAUGGUGAUGAUGCCCUUGUUUGGUGAUCAGAUGGACAAUGCAAAGCGUAUGGAGACUAAGGGAGCUGGAGUGACCCUGAAUGUUCUUGAAAUGACUUCUGAAGAUUUAGAAAAUGCCCUAAAAGCAGUCAUCAAUGACAAAAGAAAGAAGCAGCAGUCAGGAAGACAGAUAUGAAGAGCUGGAGCAUGUUCAGAUGAGAGGAGAUAGAACACAGGGGGACAUACCAGCUUGAGCAAGGGACAACAGGGGAAGACUGAUGACUGACUUCCCACCUUUGAGGUGCUAAUGUGUGUUUGGUGCCACUGGAUAAAAGAUAAAAGUUGGCUGGGCACCGUGGCACAUGCCUGUAGUCCCAGCCACUCAGGAGGCUAAGGUGGGAGGAUUGCUUGAGCCCAGAAGUUGGAGGCUGCUGUGAGCCAUGAUGAUGCCACCACACUCCAGCAACCUGGGCAACAGAGUGAGACCUUUUCAAAAAAAAGAAAAAACAAAAGAAAAAAAGAAAAGUCCACAUGACUUGAGCAUCACGUGCCCAGAAUGUUGGGUGGUGUGGUCCCAUUCCUUCCUUCCAGUGGCUUCUUCUGGCCACCUCAAUGUCAGGAUGUCCUGCUCACACAUCAAUACCAUUAAAACCUGACUUCUUUCCCUGCGCUGAUGAAGCUGCUUCUUGAGGCUCACAUUAUGGAUAUAAUUUUGAUUAUUUGUUCAGCGGUAUAGAUACCUACUUGUAACCUAAGAAUGACUUGGUGAAAAUUCUCUAAUACAUUAUUUUUUUAAAAAACACAAAUCAGUAAGCUCAAGUUAUUAACUAACUUUCAUCUAUUCACUUUCAAGCCAUCCCUGUCUGAUUGUGAAUCUCCAUGAUUCCAACACUCUGAGCUGGGGACAGUACCUACACAAAAUAAAGAGAAGUGGAAAAUCUUUAAACAUCAGUUUAUGCAGACAACCAGGUCAUAAUAGAUGCUCAAUUACUAUUGAAUGAAUGAAUGAAAGUUCUGGCCAGGCGCGGUGGCUCAUGCCUGUAAUCCCAACACUUUGGGAGGCCGAGGCAGGCGGAUCACUUGAGGUCAGGAGUUCGAAACCAGACUGGCCAACAUAAAGAAACCUUAUCUCUACCAAAAAUAAAAAAUAAAAAAAUUAGCCAGGCAUGGUAGUGUGUGCCUGUAAUCCCAGCUAUUUGGGAGGCUGAGGCAGGAAAAUCACUUGAAUCUGAGAGGUGGAGGUUGCAGUGAGCAGAGAUUGUGCCACUCCCCUCCAGCCUGGGUGACAGAGUUAGACUCCGUCUUAUUAAAAAAAAAAGAGAAGGUUCCAAGAAAAUCCAUCUUAAGGUUUAUGUAAAAGGAAGAUGGUAUUGAACAUGAUUUAUGGUCAAAUACUAACAUUACAUUAUAACAAUGUUUCCAAAUAACAUUACAGAUAGGUUUAAAGAUGGUGUUCUUGCAUUGCUGUAAAGAAAUACCCAAGACUGGGUAAUUUAUAAAGAAAAGAGGUUUCUUUGGCUUGUGGUUCUGCAGGCUAUACAGGAAGCAUAGUGCUGACAUCACCUGGCUGCUGGGGGAGCCUCAGGGAGAUUUUGCUCAUGGCAGAAGGCAAUGCGGGAGCUUGCAUGUCACAUGGCAAAAGCAGGAGUGAGAGGGAGUUGGGGGAAAGGUGCUACAUGCUUUUUAAUUACCAACUCCCAUAAGAACUCAUGAGAACUCACUAUCUGGAAGACAGCACUAAGCCACAAGGGAUCCGACCCCAUAAUCCAAACACCUCCCACCAGGCCCCAUCUCCAGCAUUGGGGAUUACAAUUCAACAUGAGAUCUGAGUGUGGACAAAUACCCAAACUAUAUUAGUCAACAGUGAUCAUAAUUAGUCCAAAUAGGAGUGUCUUUUUUUUUUCUUUCUUUUCCCUUUUCUUUUCUAAUUCCUCCUCCUUUUCCCUCUCCUCCUCAGCCUCCUCUUCAUUCCUCUAGCACCAAGGGUUGAAGCACCUAACCUGUUUUGGAUUGAGAUGUUCUGUUUGGGCUAUUAACACUGUCUAGAAUAAACAGAAAUCCAUUUUGCACUAAGUGGCUGCACAGACACAGCCUCAUGCUAAAUCUAGCACCCGGAUAGUUUAAUGUUUCAAUGACUGAAUUACAAAUAUAUCAUCACCUUGGAUUUGGCACUUACAAAUGACUCUUACCUUGGCCAGAGGUGGUUGUUUACAACUUCAAAUAGGAGACUAUUCAUAAUUUCUGACAUG